AUGAAUGCACCUACAACCCCUUAUCAACAAGAAAAUUUAAACUUUGAGCCAAUUGCAAUAUUAGAUCUACCCAAUUCAACAAAGCCACAAAAACACCAAUCCACUUUUACCAAGUCUAAUUCACACAAGCUCAACAAAACUUGCAAAACCUCAAAGACUUUGAUGCUGCAGCACCUGCAGCACCAACACCAACACCAGCAACAACAACAACAACAACCUGCUAAUACAAACCAACAUAAAGCCACAAGGUCAAUAGAUUCAAGUGAAAUCAGUGCUUUUUUUCCACCAAACUCCGGUCCUUUGGGUACAGUUUUAGUAACAAAUAGCUCACAUCCAACAGGCACUACUAAUGGUGCCAGCAACAGCAACAGCAACAGCAACAAUAGUGGCAAGAGUUUGAGCCAUGUUCCUUGUAAGUUUUUUAAACAGGGAAUAUGUCAAGCAGGCGACUCUUGUCCAUUUAGUCACCAGGUUGAAGGUGCUUUAUCCGCCGAUAAACUACCCUGUAAGUAUUUCUUAAAAGGAAAUUGCAAAUUUGGCAUGAAAUGUGCUUUAGCUCACUAUUUGCCUGAUGGAACAAAAGUAAAUGCAAAAAAUAUAUUACAGGAGAAUAAUGAUAGUUACGCUUACGAUAAUAUUGGUAACGGGAACAAGAACCGCGGCUAUUCGUCUUACCAAACACAAAACUCUGGUCAUAAUCAAUACUUGAUGGAAAAUUUUGAUGAUUUCUCCGAGUAUGAAGGCAGAGCACUUUACCAAAACAACAUGGUAUCAGAUACAGCUGCUAUUGUCAAUUCCAAAACUGCCUUUAAUCCUUUCGAUUUGCAACAACAGCAACAAUCACAACGAAUUAUAAAGCCGCAACUCCAAAUCCCAAUAUCUCUAAACUCAGUUCAAAGCGAAAGCCUUGCCAGAUCAAACUCGUUAAAUCAACGUAAUUAUUGGCAGUCGCCUCCACAGAGAUUUGACUCUCAAAACUCCUCCCCUAUUGAGCAAAUAAAACAGUCAAUCGGCCAGCAUCAGGAUAUGCAUAAAUCACUAGAUUCACUGCUGCUGCUGUACUCACAUCAUCAUCAUCAUCAACAUCAUCAUAAACAUCAUCAUCAACAUCAUCAUCAACAGAACAACCACCAGACCCUUAAGCUAGGUCCAACAAAUUCUUAUUACAAUAGCAGCGCCAUUCCAUUUGUUUCAGACUAUAAACAGCCCAGUAGUUUCCAGACACAGUCUUGGGUAAACACGUCUUAUUCACACACUGGGUUUAAUAUCCCUUUGGCGAGCUCGAGCUUGUCACCUCCCCAGUCACUAUUUGCUGCAAACUUUCAACCAGUCAACUCAACAUCAGCUACACCAACCUCUAAGUUGCCCUUUGGAUCAAAGCUUUCAGCAUUACAUUCGCCAUUUUAUCAGAAUUUCGAGUCUGUUCCAAGAGAUACUUUCCAAUAUUAUCAGUAUCGGAAACUAUUGUCUUCAAAAGUUUUUGAUGAUGACGACGAAGAAGAAGAAGAUAGGGAGAAAAACGGAGGUGUUACGAAUAAUUCUGAUCUUCUUGAGGAAGCCUGUAUUGAUCAAACGAAUUGCAAUCAGGUUGUGUUUGAGGAAGAUUUUUUACCUAGCUCGUUGGCUGAUGUAAUUUUGACGCCUCAAGAAUUGAAACAUCGUGACUCCCGAUCUCAGAGUGGUACUCUAAGUAUUCGUCCCACUUUUGAUGGGUUUCAAUCGCAUGACUCUAGGUUUCUUCUUAGUGACAGAGGCAAAGAACAAUUAUUAUCACACCAUGAAGAUGUCUUUUUGAUGGAGUAG